AUGCAAUCUGAUUCGAACAAGCAAGAUUAUACUCAAAAAGACAACAAUUACAAUUUUGAAGGCGUCUAUCCAUCAUAUCAAGGAUCAAUACCACCUUAUUUACCAUAUCCUCAACAAUCAGUUAAUGGAACCAGUUAUGAAGCAUCAAGCAAAUCAAAUGUUGGGCGAACACCAUUACAUCAACAACAAGGUAUUACUGUUACACGUGUCCAUCAACGAUUUCGGAAUAAUAAUUUAUUAACACCAAUUACAAGUAAUCUAGCAACGUUUUUAUGCAUUUCUGGUUUGAUUUAUGCUCUAUGGGGCAUAAUAGCUUUCAGUUUACAAUUGGCUAUUGUUGUGAAUUUUUAUUCAACAUAUUAUAAUGGCUUUUGGGCAGGUAUUUUUCUUGUUUUUGGAGGAAGUAUUAUGGUGAUUAUUGGAUUUCGACCAUCUUUUCCAUUGUUGGGUUUAAUGCGAUUGUAUAUAUUUACCUUGGUCUUCUCUACAAUGGGACUCACGUUUUCUAUCGUUGAUUAUUCGCUGUCAGCUCGAUGUACUUCAAUAUCGUCACUAUAUUGUGAUGAUAGUUUAGCAAGUACUUUAAAAGUAAUUCUUUUGGUUACAUUUACUGUUGCCCUUAUUCAUACUGGAAUCAAUAUGAUUGUCAUAUCGAAAGAACAGAAAACAAUAUUGAUACAAUCCAAUCCAAGAAAUUUAAGUAAUUAA